AUGGGUGGAAGGAAUAACACAAAUGUGCCUGACUUCAUCCUUACGGGCUUGACAGACUCCAGAGAGAUCCAGCUGGUCCUCUUUGUGGUAUUUUUCCUGGUAUACCUCAUUACUGUGCUGGGAAAUGCAGGGAUGAUAUUGAUAAUCCGCUUGGAUCUUCACCUUCACACUCCCAUGUAUUUUUUCCUCACUCAGCUGUCAUUUCUUGACCUCAGUUACUCAACAGUCAUCACCCCUAAAACCUUAGAGAACUUAGUGACUUCUGUUAAGUAUAUCUCAUUCACAGGCUGCUUCACACAACUGUACUUUUUUGUCUUUUUGGGCACCACUGAAUGCUUUCUUCUCUCUUCCAUGGCCUAUGAUCGCUAUGUAGCUAUUUGCAAGCCUCUGUAUUACUCGAUUACUAUGUCCGCAGAACUCUGCUGUGCCCUCAUCACUGGGUGCUAUGUGAUUGGUUUUAUAGAUGCCUUGGUCAGUGUGCUCUGCAUGGUAAAACUGCAUUUCUGUGACUCCAAUGUAAUCCACCACUUCUUCUGUGACACAACCCCGAUUUUGGCUCUGUCCUGCACUGACACAUACAACACUGAGGUCAUGAUAUUCAUUAUUGCUGGUUCCACCCUAAUGGUAUCCCUUACUGCAAUAUUUGUGUCUUAUGUGUUCAUCCUCUCUACCAUCCUGAAAAUCAAUUCCACUUCAGGGAAGCAAAAAGCCUUCUCAACUUGUGCCUCCCAUCUCCUGGGAGUCACCAUCUUUUAUGGUACUAUGAUUUUUACUUAUUUAAAACCAAGAAAGUCCUACUCUUUAGGAAAGGAUCAAGUGGCUUCUGUUUUUUAUACUAUUGUCAUCCCUGAUGCCAGGAUUCAUGGACACAAACAGGGGCUGGAUUCAAUCUCAAUAUUUGCUAAAGUGAAUAGGAGUACAGUAAGAGCAUGCAGAGUAAACCUAUCUGGGAACAAUAAGAGUCAAUAUUUAAUAGCUCUUACUCUGUAUGUUAAACUUUCUCUACUCUUUCUCUCAGCUGUGAAAUAA